AUGGCUGUUGGAAAUGGCACCAUUGUAAAGGAGUUCAUCCUGCUUGGCUUCACCAGCCACCCGGAGCUGGAGUCUCUUCUGCUCAUAGUGUUUCUGGCUUUUUACCUCAUGAUGCUGCUGGGUAACCUGGGCAUGAUCACCCUGAUCUGGACUAAUCCUGGCCUCCACACACCCAUGUACUUCCUGCUCAGACAGCUGGCUUUCCUAGAUGUCUGCUUCUCCACAACGGUGUUACCUCAGCUCCUGGUGACCUUAGCCUCUGGCAGAGCUGUGCUCUCUUAUGAGCAAUGUGCUACCCAGUUCUUCAUGUUCACUUUCUUUGGCUCCACUGAUUGCUACCUUCUGGCUCUCAUGGCAUAUGACCGCUAUGUGGCUGUGUGUCAGCCUCUGCUCUAUGUCACCAUCAUGACACCCAAGACAAGGCUGAAGUUGCUAACUGGGGCCUACAUUGGGGGCUUGGCUAAUGCUAUUCUAAGGACCAGCUGCGCAUUCUCACUCUCCUUCUGCAGUGACAACCAGAUUGACUUCAUUUUCUGUGACCUCUCACCCCUGCUGGAGCUGUCCUGUGGGGACACUUUCCUACAAGAACUCUUGAUUCUGCUAUUUGCUUGUUUUGUGAUCCUGGUCAGCCUGGCCAUGGUCUUGGUGUCCUAUCUGUUCAUCAUCAGAGCCAUACUACAGAUCCACUGCGCUAGUGGGAGGGCCAAGACCUUUUCCACUUGUGCCUCUCACAUGACUGCUGUUGGGCUCUUCUUUGGGACCCUUGCAUUCAUGUAUGUGCGCAGUAACUCAGAUAAAUCUCUGGAAGAGGGCAAAGUGGUGUCUGUGUUCUACACUGCAGUGAUCCCUAUGCUGAACCCUCUCAUCUACAGCCUGAGGAACAAGGAGGUGAAGGAGGCUCUGAAGAAAACUCUUAGUAGGCUUAAGUUAUCUAAAGCUUUCCAGCAUCACUGA